AAAUGAGACACCAAGAAUAAGGUGUGAACAGCUCAAGCACAGAAGCAGAUAAGAUAAGACAUGAACACAAGUAAAAGGAAGCUGCAGCUCACAAUUAACAGAAAAUGACUGUGACUCAUGAGAUUUUACAUUUGCAAUAAUAAAAAAAAGUGUUCUGUUUUGCAGAUAAAUUUAGAUAUGUUUUUAUUUGUUGAUAGGUUAGCUUAUGAACUUCUGCUUCUGCCUUUUGUAUAAAGCAGCGUAAACCAGGGCUGGUGGGCAGAAGCCUUAUUCAUUUUACUUACUCAGUGUUUUUGUAUUUUGCUCUUUUCACUUUAAUUUCUUUGGAUCCUGAUCUAUUUCAUGAUUUAGAUUUUUCUGCCAAAAGAAAAUAAACAAUCUAACUAAAAACACAGAAACCAUUUUUGAUAUUUUGAAAUUCAUCCUUCCAGAAGCUCUUCAUAUAACUUCAGGACUAAAUGCUGAAGGUGGAAACAAUGACAAUGUGGAUGUUCCUGCUUGUGCUGUUUGGAGAGUCUGUCUCAACUGCAAAGAUUUACAGAUCCCAGACUGAUACUCCACUCCCAUUGGACAUGGCUGAAAACUCUGUCGAUGACAUGUACGAAGGCUGCGAGGAAGAGAUGGCAGCCAAAGUAAUGACAGAGCUUUUGGCUAGAGAGAAAAAUAUGAGUGAAAAUUUUAGGCUGGCUUGGGACGAAGCGGCGACAGAGUACAAUAAGAAAUGGAAGCCCAGGUCUGGGAAGAAAAAAUCCCAAGUUCUGGAGAAAGAACAAAAAAUGGCCGUCUAUGCUUACACUCUGGACAAACCAGAAAUAUUCACUGAAUUCAACAAGGCGGUGCGAACGCAGAGGGCUCAGUACACGAGCACGUUUCAGUAUCACUCACUGCACUUCUUCCUGACGGGCGCUCUCAGAGCUCUCAGAGCUCGUAAGCCAAAGAAAGAAAGAUGCCUUACCGGUUACCGGAGGGUCAACAGAAAAUUCAAGCUGGGCGAUCUCGGCGAAGAAAUCCGCUUUGGUGCUUUCACCUCGAGCUCGAUGGGAAAGUAUCCCCGCAAAGAAAAAUUUGGCGACGAGACCUGUUUCAAGAUUUACACCUGCUUAGGAGCAGAUGUCUCACUGUACUCCAAGUUUGGAGAAUCAGAGGGAGAAGUCCUGGUUCCUCCAUAUGAAAUCUUUAAAGUUACAGACGUAAAGCAGAGAUCUGAGAACAAGGAGCUUCCAUGUAACGUUGUGUUGACACUGAAGAGCACAGAAAAGGUUCUGUCCAACCUAAACUGUGCACUUUUCAAGGAUAACUGAUCCAAAUAAAUCUUUAAAAAUUAUUUCCAAUUUUAGUGACACUUAGGAGCAGAUUAGAUUUAUUUUGACA